AUGCAGCGCGCUGCACGACCACGACAGCAGGAAGUUCAGGAAUACGUUCUUCCUCCGAGUUUCGACUACAGAGUAUGGUUUCCGAUGCAUAUGUCUGUACAAAUGAAGAAGAUGGAGGGAAAACUGCGUUCUGUAGAUCUCAUCGUCGAGGUGCACGAUGCUCGCAUUCCGGUUAGUGGAAGGAACUCAACGUUUCUGAAGCANUUGUGCUCAGUUCGACCUCAUGUGUUGGUAAUGAACAAAAUGGAUCUGAUUAACAUGAAAAAGUAUAAACAGCCGAUUGAAGACUACUACCGUUAUGAGCAAGGUAUUACUCAAAUUAUCUGGACAGAUUGCAAGAGGCGGCUUGGUCGUGCUUUAUCGAAUGUACAGAAGGCUGUGCUUGACGUUCUUACUCGAGAGCCCAGAUUCAAUCGGACAGUAAAGACAGAAUUCCAGAUUAUGGUAGUAGGCAUACCCAACGUCGGCAAAUCCUCCCUCAUUAAUACGUGGCGGUCCCACAAUUUGGGCACAAAGCAAAGUGCCGUUGCAGAAGGCGCCCGACCUGGAGUUACGGUACGCGUUCAGAACCGGGUUCGUGUUCUGGACAAGCCCCCUAUUUACGUUCUUGACACACCUGGAGUCCUUUCACCGUCGACCCGAAACGUGCAUGAGGCGAUGAAGCUAGCUUUGUGUAAUCUGAUAUUGGAAAGUGCCACAAAUCCCCGAUAUGUAGCUGAUUAUCUUCUCUAUUGGUUGAAUCGUACUGGUGACUUUUCCUACAUCAACCAUCUUGGAAUCUCAGGCGAACCUACUGAUGACAUUGAUAAAUUGCUGCUUCGGAUAUGUUCUGCAAAGGACCUACGAACUCGUUGUCUCACCGGACUUACUUACGAGGAACGAUGGGAUUUUGACCGUGCAAUAACGACGUUCAUACAACUGUUCCGAAAAGGAGUUAUUAAAGAUUGCUGUUUGGAUAAAGAAUUACUGCGGCCGUACAUGUGA